GUGACGCGUAGACGGGAAGAAGAACGUCCCCGCGUGAGCGGUGGCGUGAGAAGUGCUGGAGGUGGACCAGGAGGACGACGAGGUGUCGUGGUGUUUGCAGAAUCACCUGUCAGCUCUUUAGCAGGUGUUCAAAGAGGUUAUGGUCCAUCAGAGGAGGGAGUGCUCAGGGUAAGAUUAUCAUCGUCGGGAUCAAGACACGGUAACUAUCGCUGUGAUGUAUUGGACUCACCCUCGUCAUCACGAUCAAACGAGUUCAUCGAUAUACCAUAUUCAUCAGAUCGGGUGGGUGUCGUCAGUGUUGGUGUCGGAAGAACGUCGAUUGUGAACAGAGGGUUGCCGGGUGUGGUGCCUUCAGCCCGCGGCCUGGCCGGGAGUCCGGGUGACGACGAGGUCAGUGGAGGAUGGAGUGACCUACGUCGUCAUCCCCCGGAACGACUAAGACACGGAGCUGGCGGCGGUAGUAGUUUUGGUACCGAACGGCUGCUUCUCGACUCCGACGACGAGGAAGAGGAAGAGGAAGACGAGGAACUCCUCGACGAGUACCAGGAAGACCACGCGGAGAAAGAAAAAUUCCACCCGGGGGAGCACCUGGAAGUGGAGGCGGAGGAGAAGCAGCCGGCAAUGUCUAGGCAGUCCAACCGGACCACUGAACGGGACUUUAGAGAACGCGAUUUUCGGGAACAACGUGGCGAUAUAAGGGAUCGCGGCGCCGCUUCUGCCCCAUCUGGAGACCACAGACCGCUGAUUGACGAGCACCUGCCCAGGAGACAACACAGAGACAGAGAUCGCGACGCUGAUUACGAUUAUGAGCACAGUGCUACCGCUGCUACUGCGUCUUCCACUCAUACCAAUAAUCCGGCAAGGUCUAACGGAAGAGCUUACACACUCACGGAGAAGAAACGUGAUCGUGACAGCCUGCAGUUGGUGAAUUUAGGCGUGCCAGUGAGAAGACACGUUGUUGGCUCGGCGGAUUCAAAUUAUUCACAACCGAGCUCGGAUCUUUCUCUUGACGAAGAAAAAGAAAGUUUGAGGCGUGAAAAAGAACGACAAGCUCUUAGUCAGCUCGAAAAAGCACGGACAAAACCAGUAGCGUUUGCCGUACGAACAAACGUGAGUUACGAUGGAUCCAUCGAUGAUGAUUCACCAGUCCACGGGUCCGCUGUUAGUUUCAACGUUCGUGACUUUCUCCAUAUUAAGGAAAAGUACGACAACAACUGGUGGAUCGGAAGGCUAGUGAAAGAGGGCACCGAUGUGGGAUUUAUUCCCUCCCCGGUUAAAUUGGAGUCCCUAAGGGUCCAAGCCAGCACUGCAAGGGGUACCAAGGGCCUCUAUUCGACGCGAGGGGGCUCCUCGAGUAAUCUCGGAGAAAGUGGAAUGCCAUCACGUGGCUCUACUCCACCUACACCUGGCGAUGAUAGUGAUAGUGUAGGUAAUGCAAGGCCCGGUAAAACAACACUGACAACACCUCCGGCCAAGGAGAAACGGAAGAACUUUUUCAAAAAGCCGUCCUACGAAACAGCGACGCCGUAUGAUGUUGUACCUUCAAUGAGGCCUGUUGUACUAGUAGGACCAUCGUUGAAGGGCUACGAGGUCACGGAUAUGAUGCAAAAAGCGCUUUUUGACUUUUUAAAACAUAAAUUUGAAGGACGGAUAAUAAUAACGAGGGUAAUGGCGGACAUAUCGUUAGCGAAGAAAUCCUUGCUGAACAAUCCAACGAAGCGUGCAAUAAUGGAGCGGUCGACGAGUCGCAGCAGCUGCUUAGCCGAGGUCCAGGCAGAGAUCGAGAGAAUAUUCGAGCUGGCUCGCACUCUGCAGCUCGUGGUCCUGGACUGCGACACGAUAAAUCACCCCUCGCAGCUCGCCAAGACCAGUCUGGCCCCGACUAUCGUUUACUUGAAAAUAUCAUCACCAAAAGUACUACAGAGACUGAUUAAAUCCCGCGGCAAGUCCCAGACAAGACACCUCAACGUUCAGAUGGUCGCCGCGGAAAAGCUGGCCCAGUGUCCUCCGGAGAUGUUCGACGUGAUAUUGGACGAGAACCAGCUCGACGAAGCUUGCGAGCACGUCGCCGAGUACCUCGAGGCCUACUGGAGAGCCACGCAUCCUCCGGUGGUCACUCCGGUACCGAGAGCCAUGACAGCCGCUUCUGAUGCUCCUGUAGACGUUCUUGCACCUCGUGUGCCUUCAGGCGGCCGUCAUGAUUCAUACUACGCUCACGAUUCCAGAGGUAACAGAAACAGACAAAGUACGUACGGAGGAGCACAUGGAAGUACAAGGAGGUCGAGGCUGGAGCGAGGAACUCGGGAGCGAAACCACGAACGUGAGCUCGAACGUGAACGUGAACGCGAACGUGAGCGCGAGCGAGAACGAGAACGCGAGCACAAUUAUGGGACCGAAGAAGAGUCUUACCUGGGAGGCGUCGACUACGGAAGCGUCUCCCGACGUCGUCAGCAGGAUUCAAGAGCCCUCAACGCCAUUUAGGAGCUGGAGCCCCGGGGCUUGUCGCUGCAGCGAUGUCCCAAACUUAAAACUACCGCCCUAUAGGAAAUUUAACAAACAAAUAAACUAAUUAAUUAUAUAAAUAAAUAAUUUAUUUAUUUAUUAAAUAAAUAA